AUGAGGAAUUUAUUUCUAAACAAUUUAGAUAAAUAUCUUCAGCUGUGUCAAGAUAUUAAGUAUACUUACGGAACAACGGCUAGUAGCCAUAGCCUGUUAUUAGAUAAUCCAAUGUUAACUGUAAUUGCUAAACAUGAACUGCUCACCGGCGAUAAUGCCACCAGUUAUCCAAAUCAAUCGAUUAGCAAUCAGACAAGUGUGAAUAACACCAGUGAAAGAAGUAGUCUGCCAUACAUCAUCGGUGUAAUUAUCGCUUUUCUAGUUAUCCUUAUCGGGAUUAUAUUGAUUGUCAACCGUGAAGUGUGUAAUCAACAUCGCGGUUAUCAUCAACAUCGUUCCCCGUUGGCUAGUAUGAUCAGUGUAGGUGGUGUUGGUGGCGCUGCCGCUGCAACAAAAAUAGAGCGGCUAUACAACAUACGUUAUUUUAUUGGCGAAGUAGUACUUAAAGGAAAACGAUGGCUUUAUCUCAAUUUCAACGAUUUUGAAUAUAUUUCUAAUGACAAAUAUUUAUAUAAUUCCUCCAGAUUUCCUAUUACUUUGACGAGUUUCACUGAGUUAACGACUGACAACACAACCACGUGUUGA